UGCGCGUCCCAAACUUGAAUCAACAAGCCCUCAUCGCAUCCUACCUGAGCAGGUGAACUGGGCUGCAGCCACAACAACAACAACAACAACAACAACAACAACAACAACAACAACAACCCACGGGUGAUUCCUAGCUCGACAUAAACGCUGGAGAACAGAGCCGCGUCGUGACUCGUACUUUGAGUGACUUCUGUACCAGCGUAAUGAAUGUGAGGAAGGUAGAAAGGAUAGUUCUCAGCGUGGAACAGUCGGAGGGAAACGGCGCUCGUGUCCGCAGGAGCAUCGGUAGAAAGGAGCUGAGAAACCUCGAUCCGUUCCUGAUGUUGGAUGAGUUCACAGUGAGCAAGCCGGCAGGUUUUCCAGACCAUCCUCACAGAGGAUUUGAGACAGUAACCUAUGUUUUAGAGGGGAUCACGGCCCACGAAGACUUCUGUGGACAUUCAGGACAACUGAAAGCUGGAGAUCUGCAAUGGAUGACUGCAGGUCAGGGGGUGGUCCAUGCUGAGAUGCCCGUGUCAGAGGAGCCGGUGGUGGGCUUACAGCUGUGGGUGAACCUGCCCAGUCGAGACAAGAUGGUGGAACCAGCGUACCAGGAGCUUAAAGCCUCAGAGAUCCCCAAACCCAGCCAGGGAGGAGUUACAGUCGGCGUGAUAUCUGGAGAAGCUUUGGGAGCAAAGUCUAAGGUCUACACAAGGACACCGACCUUGUACCUUGACUUCAGACUGCAGACGGAUUCCCUGCACGUGCAGCCGGUGCCCUCAGGAUGGACUGCCUUCAUCUACACGCUGUCAGGAUCCAUUCAUGUCGGCCCAGAUGAGCAGCUGCAGAAGGUGGAGCCUCAUCACACCGUGGUGUUGGGAGACGGAGACUCCGUCAAAGUAGAAAACAAGGGCUCUGAAGUUUCCCAUUUUGUGCUGAUCGCUGGGGAACCAAUCAAAGAGCCUGUGGUACAACAUGGUCCGUUUGUAAUGACCACAGAGGAGGAGAUCAGACAGGCGAUCAGUGACUACCAGACUGGCAGAAAUGGCUUUGAAAGAGCCAUUAACUGGAGGUCCAAGAUCAGAGACUCGUUCUGAACACAUUGAACUCUCGUCCCUGUUAAAAAAUGUCAGCCACACUUGUUGGCUGCUAUCGAAGAAUAUUUAAAGUGAUAUGUGUCUUUGUUUAUCCUUUACUUUAACUUGUUACAUGACCAACUGCUUCAUGCCUCGUUGUUUGCACAGUUGUAUGAAAACGUAGCACAGCUGCUUUGAAACUCUUACACAUGUUGUUGUUAUGAGGAUAAUUUUACAAACUAUUAAAGGGCCAGUUCGUAGCAUUAAAGGGGAUCUUUUGAUACAAAUGGAAUACCAUAUGUCAGGUGAUUAAGCAUUAAAGAAAACCUACUUAUUAAUAAGAAUUGUUGCGUUUUCGUAACCGUAAAAUGCUGUUUAUAUCUGCUUACAUAGCGGAUCCACUUCAUGGUUUCUACAGUAGCUCAGAGAGGACAAACCAAACACAGGCUCGCACCAUUUGUGUUUUCUUGUCAGCCACUGUAGUUCUUCCAACUGGCUUUGCACACGGGAGAAGUUUCAAUCGGUUGCAAUCCACAACUUUGCUGCUAGAUGUCCCCAAAUCCAACACACUGCACUUUUCAUGAUAAUGGCACGGGGCGCUGGAGCCGAUCCCAAUGACCUUGGGCGAAGGCGGGGUUGACCCUGGAGAGGUUGCCAGUUGACUGCAGGGCACAUACACACAGACAGACAACCAUUCACAGCAACAGGGACUCAGCUGGUCUGGGAAACAGACUCAGAGGCAGCCGGCUCUAUACGUGCUUUCUGCCAGAAGGAAAAAAGGAGGGAAGUUCCU